AUGACUGAGAAGGUGGAUAAUCUUCUUGCUGAAAAUCUCAGGACUAUAGCGCAUCCUGCUCCUCACCCAGAGGUGGAAUUCCAACCCGGAACCAACUUCCAUGAAGGUGCCAGCUCCUCUGGAACAUCAAACCAUGAUGGACAGCCACCUGCAUCUGUAGGAAAGACAAUCAAUUUUGAUUCCAGAAGAUCAACCAUUAGAGAUGUGAUGGAAGCUCUCAAGGGGAAUCAAUUCAAUCCGAUUAUCAUAUGCGGCAUGGGUGGUAUCGGGAAGACAACAUUGAUGGGGCAAGUUUUUGAGAAAGCAAAGGAAGAAGGUCUGUUCGAUGAGUAUACAAAGGCAACCGUUAAGGAAUCUCUUGACAAAGCUCCUGACGUGAUUCAGAUUCAAGGUGAACUAGCAGAAUAUCUAGGUCUGCCACUUGAAGGAAAAGACAGUGGUCCAAGAGCAAAUAAGCUACGUCAGAGAUUAUCUCAAGGCAGCAAGAAGAUCCUUGUAAUGUUAGACAAUGUUUCCACAACAAACCCAGACUUUUUGUGGGACAUUGGGAUUCCCCCUAGUUGUAAACUUUUGGUGACAUCAAGACAACAAGAUCUAUUCAAGGACAUGGACACAAGAAAGAAUUUCCCCAUUCAUGGUUUGCCGGAUCCUGAUGCCUGGAGUCUGUUUAAGAAGACAGCAGGAACACUAAAAGGUGAAAACAUUGCAGUUUGGAAGAAUGCACUAAGGGAACUAAAGAAGGCUAGUCCAGAAAAUGUUCCAGGAGUGAUAGAACAUGUGUAUGGCAAAAUCAAGUUCAGCUAUGAAUGUUUACCAAGCGAGCAAGCCAAAUCAUGCUUUUUGUUGUGUUGUAUAUUUAAAGAAAGCGCUGAUAUAGAGAUAGAAGAUUUGGUUAAAUUUGGGCUAGGUUUCAGGCUCUUUAAAGGCAUUGAUUCAAUGGUUGAAGGAAGAAACUGUAUGGAAACAUUGGUUCAGACACUCAAAUAUCGCUUUUUAUUGUUAAAGAGCGAUAAGCCAGAGUGUGUGAGAAUGCAUGAUGUGGUGCGUGAUGUUGCCGUGUAUAUAGCUUCUGAAGAGUUUGUAGAAAAGAAAAAUGAUAGAAUUGAAAAGAGAAUUGUGGUGAGAGACAAAGCAGAAACUGUGAAGUUGAUGGAUUGGCCUAAGGAUAGUGGUUCUGAGCAAUCUAUUUAUUGCAGUUCACUGAGUAUCAAUGGGUUUUGGCAACUUUUAUUGUUGAGAAAUGAAGUUGGACCUCCAUUGAAGCCUCCACCCACAAUUUUUAAUAGAAUGGAAGAUCUCAAGGUUCUAGCAAUCAUGAGGAUGUCUCUGUUAUCAUUAGUGCCAUCACUUACAGUUUUGAAAAACCUUCAAACACUCCGUCUAGAGAGCUGCGAUCUGGUGUUUGAUGUAUCAGUCAUUGGGCAGCUAAGGACACUCGUGAUACUCAGUUUGCGUGAAUCCGAAAUCAGGGAAUUGCCUGAUGCAUUAAAAAAUUUGUGUAAUCUGAGAUUGCUUGAUUUGUUCGAAUGUGAGGAUCUUGUAAUAAUCCCACCAGGUGUCGUAUCAAGAUUAUCCGGAUUAGAAGAAUUGUACAUGUGGAACAGCUUUGAGAAUUGGGUUGUUGAUAAACUAACCUCAAUCAAAACAACCGAUUGGAUCUCUCAAUUAGAGGCUGAGAAAAGAGUUAGACCCGAACAAGUGGAGGAGUGGAAGAGAAUCAACACAUUGGCAGCUGAACAACCAGCCAAGCAAGAGGAGAUUAUUGGGCUUUUCUUCAAAUGUGAAGAGACGACAAGAUGGGCCAACUCCAUGGACUGGACAAGUGGGAUACUUUCAGAACUACUUUCCUUGUCCGGUUUGACUCGUUUCAGUGUUUUUCUACCACCGCUUGAUAUUCUGCUAACAACCGAUGUACUGGGCAAGAAGCUUGAGAGAUUUCAGAUCUCUCUAGGAUGGACUAAUCCAUCGAGAUUAUAUGUCCCGCCUUCUGAGAACUACUUGAGACUUUUUGAUCUUGAUGCAAGCUCACUCGUGGGUAGUAAUAUCAGUUGGUUGCUAAACAAAACCAACACUCUUGAGUUAAGCAUGAAGAAUUUGACAGAUCCUCUGAAUGUCUUCGAUUUUGCAAACUUGAAUUCUCUGGAACUCGAGGACUGUGAUGCUCUGGAAUAUCUGAUUGACAUGACACGUGUAAAUCCUGCUACUCCAAGCAGUAGCAUCUUUCCCCUCUUGAAGUCACUGCGAGUCUUUUAUGCAGCAAGGCUCAAGCAUAUUUGUCAUGGUGAGCUGCUCCACACCAAGGUUCAUUUUCCAGUCUUAACAAAACUAGAGAUAUGGGGCCUGGGCAACCUAACAGAGAUAUGGGACAGCCAACUUUCACCCGAAUCCUUCUGUGAACUUAAAUUUGUAGAUGUGCGCGAACUCUUGUGUGUGGUACCAUCAUAUAUGCAAAACAGAUUGCAGAAAUUGGAGCAGAUAGGGGUAGGUGGAUGUACUUCACUAGUAGAGAUUUUUGAAUUCAGAAGAUUUAGUGUCAAUGAAGGGGAUGCUUGUGAGUCAGCUGGGAAAACACUUUCACAUAUUUCCCAACCAGAUCAAGGAACAACGCAAACAAACGAGAAGAUCAUGAAUGUCAGACAAUCUCAUCAAGCCUUUCAGAAUCUGACACUCCUAAAAAUUUGGGACUGUCAAAGUUUGAGAACUCUGCUCUCCCUUUCAAUCGCCAGAGGUCUUGUGAAGCUCCAAAGACUAGAGAUAGAAAACUGCGAGGAGAUUGAAGAGAUAGUAGCAGCAGCAGAGGGUGAUGAAGAAACAGAGGAUGACAACAUCUUCCCUCAGCUAAGAUAUUUGAGUCUUGACAAUCUUCCAAAUCUCAGAAGCUUUUCAUCAUUUCGGAAAUGUAGUUUGAGAACUCUGCUCUCUCCUUCAAUCGCCAGAGGUCUUGUGAAGCUCCAAAGACUAGAGAUAGAAAACUGCGAGAAGAUUGAAGAGAUAGCAGCAGCAGCAGCAGCAGAGGGUGAUGAGGAAACAGAGGAUGACAACAUCUUCCCUCAGCUAACAUAUUUGCGGCUUGAGGAUCUACCCAAUCUCAGAAGCUUUUCGCAAGGCAAAUAUAAUUUCAACUGGACACUAGUGAAAAAAAUAACAAUCCAAGGAUGCGGCAAUAUGAAGAAGUUUUGUUUCGGAUCCGUCAGCAUACCGAGGAAAGUGACGUUGGAUGUUGGUGAGAAUGUUUUGCAGGAGCUGAAUAACAGUAGAAAAGAAAAAUGA